AUGCCUGAUCCGGCCACUUUAGACGUUCAGGGCCGUUUCAUGACAUACGAACAGGCCGCCGAAGAAGAGUUCAACGUUCUUAGCCGCAUCGGAUACGGCGCAGCUGUCUCGGCGUUGACCGAUGAGCUCUGGCGGCACAAAGGGUCGAUUGAGGCUCUAACACGAUACCACCUAGGGCUGGACAGAAAUGACAUGUGCAAUGUCUUGGAAUGCCGUGAAUGGAUCCGGGGCGGCUUCAACAUAUGCGUCAAGAUCAAUAUCAUCUCGCCAGGCCGAGACCCCAGGAAGGUUGUGUUCCGCUGCGCCAUGCCACACAAGCUCGCUGAGGCACGAUACCCCGGAACCGUAGAUGAAAAGGUCGGCUGCGAGGUUGGGGCCUACAUCUUCAUGCAACAGAACUGCUCUGAGAUUCGCAUUCCCCACCUGUAUGGCUUUGGUUUUCUCGACGGGCGCCAGUUUACGCAUGUCUCCCACCGGCCCUUCUUCGCCCGUCUUUCACACAUGUUCCGCCGCUGCGUCUACCGUCUGUUCAAUAGGGUACUCUCCCCAUACACGACAAGCACAACCAACCACAGGGUGCCCUUUGCCUACCUUCUACUAGAGCAUAUCGGCGCCGAGACGGGGCAGAUGCUGUCAAACACGUGGAACAAGUACAGAGAACACGACGCCGCUCGGAGGCAGAGACUCUUCCGCGGCAUGUCAAAGAUCAUGCUGUCGCUGGCGCGUCUUCCCCAGAUGCAGAUCGGCUCCUUCCAAUUCAAUGACGAUGGCACCAUAUCCCUAAGCAAUCGGCCCUUGUCUUGCUCCAUGGUCUUGCUAGAAAACGACGGUGCUCCGAGGACGAUGCAGAGAGGUGACACGUACAGGUGCACCGACGCUUUCGUUGCCGACAUGAUCACCUUCCACGACCAGCGCUUCCUCGCCCAGCCCAACGCCGUGAACAGUGAAACCGACUGCUGCGCUCAGAUGGCCGUCAAGACGCUGCUCCGCGUCUUCGCACACAGGUAUAUCAAGCGAGAACACCGCGAGGGGCCCUUCCCGCUCCAGCUCACGGACCUCCACGCGAGCAACAUCUUUGUGGAUGACGACUGGAGCGUGACAUGCUUGAUAGACCUCGAGUGGCUCCUCGCGCUGCCCCGGGAGACGCUCGAAGUUCCGUACUGGCUCACCGAGUGCAGCAUUGACGGGCUCCAGGGCGAGCGCUACGACGAGUUUGACAAGAUCCGGCGCGAGUUCAUGCAAGUCUUCCAGGAAGAGGAGCGCGCGAUGGCAGCGAAGCACGGACUCACAAUCAAGCUCUCGGAGGUCAUGCAGGAGAUGUGGGACUCGAAGGGGAUAUGGUUCUGGAAUUGCCUGUCUAGCACAAACGCCAUGUACAUCAUCCUGGAGGACCACCUUUGCCCGAAGGGCCUUCCCGCCAGCGUGGAAAAGGCGGUGUCGCAGUUCUGGUGCGAGGACCAGGUGUUGGAACCGCUGCGCAGGCUCAGGAAGAUGAAGCUAUCACGAUACAAGUGA